AUGCGGAUUAUUUUGGGAUUACUAAUUCUAGUUGCACCUUUGCACACCGAAGGAUUUUGUGAAGACCUAUUUGGAAAGCCUACUUACAAGACAUCGUUAUCCGAGGCGGUUGUCAAUGUCAUCCAAAAGUUCUUCACUGCAAAUCAGGCAGAUAUUCAGAUUCUUUCCAGAAAAUCCGGAGAUGACUUCAGUCUACUCUACCUUGUAAACGAGAUCCUUUUUCGUAUUCGUGGAGCAAUUUCAUACAUGCAUUGGCAUGAACAUCUUCCCAAACGAAUUAUGCCAAGCACAUACAACAUGCUAGUUGUGGAUGACUACCGAUCCUUCCAAAGAAUCUACGAGAGAUUAUCUAAACGUUCGGUCAACUUUGAUGGCUACUUUCUGAUUAUUAUCUCCGAAAACUUAGAGGGAAACAUGGAAGCUACUCUGAACCGUAUUUUCUUGGACUGCUACAAUAGGUAUAUAACGAAUGUGAACAUUUUAAUAAGGAGAGCCGAUCCUGAUUCUGAAAUAAUUGAUAUGUACACCUAUUUCCCCUUCACGGAGACACAAUGCCAGGACACCCAACCAGUUCUUCAUGAUUCCUUCGUGGAUGGAAAGUUUUCUUUGAAUGUAACUAUUUUCCCGAAUAAAGUACGGAAUAUCCAUCGCUGUCCAUUCACGAUAGUUACGUGGCACAAUCCACCCCAUAUGUUCAUUAAAAAUGAACCAGGAAGAUAUAUCCUUGACGGGAUUGAUGGAAAUAUCCUAGGCAUCAUCCAGAGAAAAUUGAAUUUCAGUCUGCGGUUCGAUUUCAGUGCAGCUAACCGCGGGAAUAUUUUGCAGAACGGUACGGCCACUGGCGCACUUGCAUUGAUUCUCAAUGGACACGGUAAUAUUACUAUCUGCGCACAUGGAUACGUGUUCACACGGCCAUCAAGGAUAUCAGCAAGUACAAACUAUUUCUCGGCAUCUGUUGUGUUCGCCAUCCCCGCCCGGAAGUGUUACUCAUCCUUCGAGAAGUUAUUUUUCGUAUUCAAACACGCUGUUUGGUACCUCACCCUCGGAACCUACGUCGCAGCUAUUAUUCUAGUAGCGGUUGCACGAUUUUUCAGCAAAAAAGUCGUGAAUUUCAUCAUAGGAGAUCGCAAUGAUUCACCUUAUUUAAACAUGUUCACCAUCUCAACUGGAGUACCCGUCUACAGACUACCUAAACGCAAUUUUGCUCGAUAUCUACUGAUGGUUUGGACAUUAAGUUGGUUGGUUCUCAGAAGUGCCUACCAAGGUGCCCUUUUCCAUUAUCUCCAAAAAAGUGAACCGCGUCCGCAAGUGUUAACACUGAUGUCCUUAUUGAACAAUGGUUUCACUCUAUUCGUGCCUGAAGAUUGCUUGCCGUGGUUUUCAGAUUUCCCAGAAAUCAGGCGACGCGUUGCCUUAAUGAACAUGAGCCUUUGGGAGUAUUUCGAAAAGAUGCAAGAUCCCGAAUAUAAGGGAGUCGUUCUGACUACAGAUAUCCAGAUUGACUACUACAAUCACCGCAACCGAAAUAAGACGCAAAUUAAAAGCCUGGAAGAAAGAAUGUUCAGCUCACCGCAAAACAUUUUCUACCCAAAAUAUUCGUACUUGGUCACCACAAUUGAUCUGAUUAUUCAAGACUGUCUCUCCGGGGGCUAUGCUGUUGCAGACAUCACAUCACCCCCCUACAAUAGUAGGUUUAUUCGCUUAGCAUCGAAAGCAGGAAAGAAGGAAAAGUAG